AUGGCCCAGAGCCCAGCUCCAUGGGCAUCCAGACUCCCCGGCCAGCCAGCCAUGGACAUCAACGCGUCGUCCGCCCCGGCGGGGGGCAACGCCACCUCGGAGCUGGGGGGCGGCGCCUGGAGGAGCCGGGAGCCCUUCUCCAUCUUCAGCAUCCUCAUCCUCACCCUGCUGGUCCUCCUGACCAUCGCCACCUUCCUCUGGAACCUGCUGGUGCUGGUGACCAUCCUGCGGGUCAAGACCUUCCACCGGGUGCCCCACAACCUGGUGGCCUCCACCGCCGUGUCCGACGUGCUGGUGGCGGCGCUGGUCAUGCCCCUGAGCCUGGUGAAGGAGCUGUCGGCCGGGCGGCGCUGGCGGCUGGGCCGGGCGCUGUGCCACGUGUGGAUCUCCUUCGACGUGCUGUGCUGCACGGCCAGCAUCUGGAACGUGACGGCCAUCGCCCUGGACCGCUACUGGUCCAUCACCCGCCACCUGGAGUACACCCUGCGCGCCCGCCGCCGCACCUCCAACCUCAUGAUCGGCCUCACCUGGGCGCUCUCCGCCGUCAUCUCCCUGGCGCCCCUCUGCGGCUGGGGCGAGACCUACAGCCCGGCGCAGCAGCGCUGCCAGGUCAGCCAGGAGCCCUCCUACACCGUCUUCUCCACCUGCGGCGCCUUCUACCUGCCGCUCUGCGUCGUGCUCUUCGUCUACUGGAAGAUCUACAAGGCGGCCCGGUUCCGGAUCGGCGGGCGCCGGAGGAACGCGGUCCUGCCGCUGCCGGAGAGGGGCCCGGUGAAAGAAGCUUCUCAUGAACCACAGAUGGUGUUUACAGCUCGCCACGCGACUAUCACUUUCCAGACAGAUGGAGAAACAUGGAGGGAACAGAAAGAGAAAAAAGCAGCUCUGAUGGUUGGCAUUUUAAUUGGAGUUUUUGUACUUUGCUGGAUACCUUUCUUUAUCACAGAAUUAAUAAGCCCCCUCUGUUCCUGCAACAUUCCACCGGUCUGGAAAAGCAUCUUUCUCUGGCUUGGCUACUCCAAUUCUUUCUUUAAUCCUCUUAUUUAUACAGCAUUUAACAAAAAUUACAACAAUGCCUUCAAAACCCUUUUUGUAAGGCAGAGAUAAAAGAGGGAUGGUUACAUUACCAUGUAAUACACUGACUUAGCAGAGGAAAUAUGUGCCUGUGAAAUGUCUGAUUGUAAAGGGCAGCCCCUAUCUUAAGAGAUUUUGCAGCAGUGGAGAACUACACCGAACACCUGUUUGUUGGGUCAUAAACCUACUUACCUUGUACGGUCUCCCAUUGAAAUGCAUGUACGCUGAGCUGUACUGAAGAAAGACGAUGCUAGAAGACUGAAGGGGUGAAUGUUUCCUUUCUCUAGGAUUUGAAUCGAUUUGUGCUAAAUUCUGGAAGAAGUUAAUUAAAAACAUCUAGCAUCACACUAAUCCAAUCUACCCAGACUAACCCUAUCCAGCCAACUAUUGCUGCCAGGUAGUAGAAUCUUCUUAAUGGGCACAGGCAUCAAUGGAAACUCUGCCACUUAAGCAAUAGCUCUGAG